AGCGCGCCGAAGAGCGAGCGCAAUGCUGCCACUACCGCCAUGCAGUGUUGCCAAGACGGCGGAGGCUGGCCAGAGGGAGCAGAAGACUCGGCCUCGAAAAUAUCCUUUAGUGGUUCCUCUGGCUCUAAUGAUUUGUUUCCUGCUUUGACAAGUUGAGGUGUGGAACGGUCCUUAGGUUUUUCUAAUUAUGGCGUUACUUGGAUAUCAGCUGGCCAAAACUUUUCGAGGAGUCGGUGGAAUCAUUUCGAGAUGUUUUAACCAAGGUAUGCUGCCAAACACUCAGAGCUUGUUACCUCAGUCAGCUGUCAUAAACACACAAUGUGGCACUGGUUUGCUGGGCAGGUGCAUGGCCUCACUCGCUCAAAUGCACCGCAAUGGCCCUGUAAUCAAGGUUCGCCCUUGCAGAAACCCAUUGCAGGGCCAGCCCUUUGCUAAAGCAAUUGUCAUCAGACCCGUGAUAAGGAAACCUAAGAAACCAAAUUCAGCCAAUAGAAAGUGUGUUGUAGUCAAACUUUCAAAUGGCAGAGAGUGCACUGCGUAUGUCCCCGGAGAGGGUCACAAUUUACAGGAACAUAAUGUGGUUCUAGUGAGGCAAGGACGACUUCAGGACUGUCCUGGUGUAAAGGUCAAAUGCGUGCGUGGAAAGUUUGAUUUACCUCAUGUUAUCAAGAGAUCUGUCUGAAGAUUUCUUUGCAUUAUGAAAUAGACAUAAGAAGGGAACUACAGGUAUAGUUUAUAAUUAUUUUUUUUCCUGUUUUAAAAACUGAAAAUACAUAUUUAGUGUCAG